AUGUAUACGUUGCCUUCACAGUGGGAGAAGAUCACAUCACAUGGACAUGUCCAGUCCUGUCCAGUCCCAGAACACCCAGGGCACAGGUGUAACGGACAACCCACCCACUCCCGCCUCCGUGGAAACAGUGUAGCAUACGGCUUCAUUAACACGUGUUUGAGGACGCUAGUGGUGGAGAAGUUUGGAGAAGAAACAUGGGAAAAACUGAGGCUAUUGGCAGAAGUCCAGGACACCUUUAUGACCUAUGAAAUAUAUGAUGAUGUCAUCACCCUUCGUCUGGUGCAAGAGGCUUGUAAAAUGUUGGAUGUCUCCUCUGAGGUGGUACUGAAGCUGUUUGGGGAAUACUUCUUCAGUUUCUGUAAAAUGUCUGGCUACGACACAAUGUUACGGACUCUUGGUGGAAAUCUGGUGGAAUUCAUUGAAAACCUUGACGCCCUCCAUAGUUACCUGGCACUGUCUUAUGAGGAAAUGAAUGCGCCGUCUUUCCGUGUGGAGCGAACAAAUGAUGGCAGGACAUUGCUCCACUAUUACUCUGACAGAAAAGGACUCCACUACAUAGUCCCUGGCAUUAUUGAAGCAGUGGCAAAGGAUUUCUUUGGCAGCAAAGUGACCAUGACCAUCCUGGAGCAGCCGAAGGAGCAGGAACGCACAGGAAAGAGAGAACAUGUGAUCUUCCUCAUGACACAGACGAGUGAAGGGGCCAAGGGGGAAGAAGCCCACUUAAAUGGAGGGGACGGGACUGUGGAGAGAAAGGUCAUGUCAGGAAAAAUACCUUUCAACCACAUUCAACAUUCCUUCUGCCCCAGGUAUCCCAAGAGACUAUGGAUUGAGGAGCAAGCCUUCUGCAAUGCUUUCCCCUUUCACAUUGUCUUUGACCAAAACCUUGUAGUAAAACACACAGGAGUGAACAUCCAGAAGUUUGUGCCGGGGCUGCAGAAGACAGGCUGCCGCCUGGAUGAGUACUUCAGCGUGGUCCAUCCUGAGGUCACCCUUAACAUCCACAGCAUCAAGAAGUUCAUCAACAGCCAGUUUGUGCUGAAAACAAGGAGGGAGAUGCUUCCUGAGAGCCUCCAGAAUCAAACCAUGCUCAAACUGAGAGGUCAGAUGGUAUGGAUGGAGUCUCUGCACUGCAUGGUGUAUCUGUGUUCUCCAAAGCUGCGUAGUCUGCAGGAGCUUGAAGAGCGAGGGCUGCACCUGGCUGAUAUUGCUCAGCACGACACCACGCGCGACCUCAUCCUGCUCAACCAGCAGCGACUGGCUGAGAUUGAACUGUCCAACCAGCUGGAGCGCAAGAAGGAGGAGCUGCGCAUCCUCUCACGCAACCUGGAGGUGGAGAAGAAGAAGACAGAGACGCUGCUGUAUGCCAUGCUGCCACGCCACGUGGCCAACCAGUUAAAGGAGGGGAAGAAGGUUGAUGCUGGAGAGUUCAAGGUGUGCACCAUUCUCUUCAGUGACGUGGUCACCUUCACAAAUAUCUGCGCAGCCUGUGAACCCAUCCAAAUAGUCCACAUGCUGAACUCCAUGUACUCAAGGUUCGACCGCCUCACCAAUGUCCACGAUGUCUACAAGGUCGAAACCAUUGGCGAUGCCUAUAUGGUCGUUGGCGGUGUGCCCAUACCGAAGGACACCCACGCUGAGCGUGUGGCAAACUUUGCCUUGGGCAUGACAAUUGCUGCUAGGGAGGUGACAAACCCCAUCACAGGAAAACCAAUACAGAUCAGAGUGGGUCUACACACUGGUCCUGUGCUGGCUGGCGUAGUGGGUGAGAAGAUGCCCCGGUACUGCCUUUUUGGAGACACAGUCAACACGGCCUCUCGAAUGGAGAGCCAUGGUGUCCCAGACCAUAUACACCUGAGCCCUUUUACCUACAGUGCUCUGAAGGAUAAAAUGUUUGAAAUUCGUGAACGAGGUGAGAUCCAGGUGAAGGGCAAAGGCUUGAUGGACACCUACUUCCUGAUUCAGAACCUGCAGCUGUCAGAAGAUCAGAUCAUGGGCAGGGGGAAGGAGGAGACGUGUGUGUACAGAGAUAAUCAGCAGGAGGAGGAGCAUGGACCAGACAAUAAGACAGCAGAAGAGCAGAACAACGUUUCGGAAGUGGAGGAAGAGAGGACAUCUUCCAUCAAAGAGGAAAGCAGGAGCUCCUCUGCCCACCUCUCAGCUGACGACCCCUCACCCGAUCCCUCUGCUGAUAUUACUUCUAGUGUCUCGGCAGUCCAUUAUCAUGUACCGGAUUACUUUGCACCCGUAGACGAUGGUCUUCCUCCAGAAAACAUCAGCAUCAACUCCCGCCUCUGUACAGUGCUUUAGAUAAACUAUGCUUAUUCAAAGCAUCUGCUGGAGACAUCCUCAAGCUGGCCCACAGCAGGACACUCCAAUACCUACUUUUUCUUAUU